UGAAAAAACGGGCAAGAAACGAGAAUAGGGGACAGGAACAGGUGGUAACAACCUGACGAUGACGACGAAACGGACACGGAACACGUUGUGGCUUCUGAUUUUAAUUUCAGCUUUUGCAAUAAAUGCUGAAAUUGCAGAUGAUAAACCUCCAAAAUUUCAAGUCCUUCGUGCCCAUGCAACCGAUGUUCCACAGCUGAAAGCUCUUCGUGAUAUACAUGAGAGGACUCAGCAUGAUCUUGAUUUCUGGCAAACGCCGUCAAAAGUUGGCCACCGUGCUGACAUAAUGGUCGACGAAGAUCGAAUGGAAUGGCUUGAUUCCGUUCUGAAAAACUCAAAUAUCAGCUAUGACGUCAUUAUUGAAGACGUUGGAAAGUUGAUUCUAGAAAAGGAACAUGGCCCACCGAGAUUUUCAAAUUUAUUAUUUUCCAAAAGAAUGCACAAUGAAGGAGGAAAUCGAGCAAGGUACGGAUUUGGAGAAUAUCACAGUUAUCAAACAAUUUGUGACUGGAUGAAAGAUAUCGAACGAAAAUAUCCGGAUAAAGCAAAAGUGUUCACAAUGGGAACAACAUCCGAAGGACGACCGAUUCAAGGAAUUAAAAUUGGAAGUCAAGUAUGGAGAAAUGAUAAAAGAAUAUUCUGGAUUGAUGGAGGAAUUCAUGCAAGAGAAUGGGCUGCUGUUCACACAGCACUUUGGUUUAUUGACAGGCUAAUCGCCGAUUACAAUGAUGAUUCUUUGGUCCGUGCUGCAGUUGAUCGCCUCAACUUUUAUAUUCUUCCCGUUGCUAAUCCAGAUGGUUAUGAAUACUCGAGAAGUGAUGUUUCUCCGAUGAUUCGUUUAUGGCGUAAAAACCGUGCUGGUGUAGUAUGCAAGAAGGAUCGUUGGUUCAGAGAUCGUUGCUGUGGAGGUGUUGACUUGAAUAGAAAUUAUGAUUGGCAUUUUGGAGAAACCGGGUCAAGCACGGACAAGUGCUCCGAGAUUUACCAAGGAAGUUCGGCAUUCAGUGAAAGUGAAACAAGAUCAAUGAGAGAUUUCCUAACAUCUUCAGAGCUUAACGGGAAGAUCGAUGCUUUUAUAACUCUUCACACCUACUCACAAAUGUGGAUUCAUCCGUAUUCUCAUGCACGUAAAAGUGUUCCAGCUGAUGUUGCUGAAUUGCAACGCGUCGGAAGAGCGGCUGUCGCUGCUCUGGAAAACACAUACGGAACGAAGUACAAGUUUGGCACAGGAUCUGAUAUUCUUUAUCCAUCUGCUGGAGGUUCGGAUGAUUGGGCAAAGGGAACUCUUCGUAUCAAAUAUGUAUACUUGCUCGAGUUAAGACCAGGAGAGGAUGUUUGGGAUGGUUUCAUCCUUGACCAACAUCAACUUAUCCCAACCGCAAAAGAAACUUGGAAUGGAAUCAAAGUAGUCAUUAGAGCAGUUACAGAACAAGCUGGAUCACUUCCCAAUUCUAUUGCUUCAACUUUGCCCCCAAUUACGCUACCGCCCACUCCUCUACCAACAACCACAACAACUACUACAACUACGACAACUACAACUAUGGAACCAACUACGACUGAGUCAUGGGCCACCACCACGGCUGCUCCAUUCUCAAGUAUUUUUAUCGUCACUGAACCUGCACCAAUCACCCGCACAACGCCUAUUCAUCUUGAUGCUUCCUAUAAACUUGGCAAACGCCGCUUCAAAUUUGUGUCCAUCAAAACAUUUUUCCCAACGCUUCCAACCACUCCAAUGCCUACAGCUUUUCCCACAUUUUCACCAUUUUCUGAAUUCUCACAGCCUCAAGCUUCUUUAUUUACUGAACCAUCAUCACCUUCACUGCCUUUUGUUACUGUUGUUGGUCCAAAUGAGAACAACAACGCAGUGAUCGAUGAUUUUGAAGGUUCAUCUUCGCCACGUGUCCUACCUGCAUUCGUGCGCCGUCCAAAUGGUAGUAUUGUAAGAACGAAUGUUCGUCGUCCGGGCUCUCGACAGUUCAUCCGCCGACCCGGAAGCUUUGCUCAACAGAGAUCAGGGCAAUUCAGAAAUAGAAACUCACACAGAAGUCAAGUUGCAAACGUGGCUCAACGCCCAGGGCCACCCCAACAAGCUUCUCGUAGCGGCACCUGCGCGGACAGAUCGUCAUGGUGUGCAUCUUGGCUCAACGCCAACUCCAGAGUCUGCCAGAUCUCGCAAAUCUACAUGAGACAGGAUUGUGCGAGAACAUGUGGAUUCUGUCAAUAGAUCGAUUAGCUUCUUUUUUAAACAAGUAUUUCCCAGUUGCCAUGCUUUUCUCCCCGUCUUUUCUCAAGCUUUUCUUUGCUGUUUUCGGGUAUUUUCAAUUUGAAUUGUUUUGUUUUAUAUUGCCAUUUUUAAUUUCAAUUCACAUCUGUAGCAUUUCUAAUAAUUUUAAAUUCAUUUUUCAAGAUUUUCAAGGUAUUACCAUUUUUUUCAAGAGUUCAAUACUAGGUGUUCCAUUAAAUUUUCUGUAGAUCAUUUCAACUCUCCAUUCGCUAAUAAAUCAUUUGUUAAU